UCAUUAUUCCCUUCAGGAUACUUCACACACGCUUCUAUUCCCUGUUCUUCCAUUCCUUCUUCCGAAGUGAAAAAUUCGUCCACUUCUGAAAAAGUUUCAUACUGGAUCCUCUCUUCUUUACUUAUCGUUUCUUGUAUUUCAUUCUCUUGUAGAAAAAUUCCAUCAAGCUCACUGAACAAAUUCUCCGUCUUUUCUUGUUUAGGAAUUUCCUCUGCCACCAAUUCAUCCAUUUCAAAACUCAUCAAAUGUUCAGACAAACGCUUAUCUGUCAUUGUUUUAACAUCUACUUUAUGAACUGUCUCAUGAAUCUGAUAAUCUGAUUCCAAUUUGGCAAAAUAAUCUGGUUGCACGCUAUUCAAAGGUUCCGUCGGUGUGAUGGCAUCGUUUAUGAUUUCGUUUGUUUCUCGCGAAUCAGGCAAAGAUUUUUCAUGAACGUUUCCCAUGAAUGUUAUAUUUGUUGUAGCUUCUUCCGUCUGGAAAAUUGGUCGCUGAAUUUCAUCGAUCUUGUCCAGUUCAGUUUCUCCGUUUUCUAAGCAAACUGUCGUUUCGAGUUCGUGGUCAGCGGUUAAAAGGUCUUCGUGCAACUGCUUUGUGUAAUCCACUUGACCAGGAGAAUUCUCAGAAUUGUCUUGAUCCAUGAUUAUUUCCAGUUCAACUGGAUUUUGUUCCAAGUUAUUGUCAGCCGGAUUGCUUUGGAUAACUUGCUCUUCGACAAUAGUGCUACCGAUACUUUCUUUCUCAGCUUCUUGCAAGAGAUCCGAAAUGCUAUCGUCCGCCAUGGGUAUAAAUCUCUCUUUCUCGACAUUUAUUUGUAUUUCUACUUGGCUAACUUCAACAUUUUCCUCUCGUGAAUAUGUCUCUUCACUUUCAUUUGGGAAUAAAUUGAGUGUAACUACCGUCGGUUUGCGCUCAGGGCUUGUUGGUUUCAGCUCACUGUCCAAAACUAGAACAUUGAAUGCUCUUGAAAAUUUCUUGGAAACAUUCAUUGUACGAAGAGGUAUAAUGAAAGCAUAACUCCAUUUGUUUCUGUUUAUUUCCAAAUUUGUUGUGAUAAUCGUAUUUUUCAUGUUUUGUUCCUUUGUAUUUUCUUGAGAGAAGCCUAAUCCUUCCUCGUUGCCAGCCAUUAGUAAAUCCGCAGUGUUUAGACUAAAGUCUACCCCAUUCUUUUCUCGCAUAUUCAGUUCAACAGCACUUUCGUCAUUUCGUUGGAAAUCACCUGCUUCGUUUUGUGUUGCUAAGUUUCUUUCUGAAUUAUCUGGUGUUUGAAGCAACAACUCCUGAGUCUGUGUAGUUUGUAAAAUAAUUCCCUCGUCAAUAGUUUCCUCUGUAUUUCGAUGUUGGACGGCUUUUUUCUGUUUUCCGUUUUCAAAGUCUGAUACGCGAAGUGUCUUAUCCGGUUCUGCAUUCAAUAACAGGUCUUUAUCACUAUUACUCGUUUCUUCAAGUGCCAUUGUAUUUCCUGUUAGUACAUCACUAAUAUAUUCUUCAACUGUCGCUUUCUGUUGCGGACAUUCGUACAAGGUUAUCUGUUGUAUCUUGUUUCCUUCAACAAUAUUAGAGUCUUCAAAAGUUUCUUUGUCAACAGCUGUACGCUCGUUGUUAUUUUGUUCCCAAGUAGUCCAUCUUUCUGCUUCGGUAUCAUUGAACGAUUCUUGUUCUUCAAAGCUUCCUUGGUUCUCUUUGAAAGUGAACAACUUCUUGUUAAUAUCCUUUGGUAUAUCUAGAGUUGGUGAUUUAAUGAUUGCUUCGUCCACACACCAUCCUUGUUCAUCUCCCACACAUGAAAUAUCUUUCGCCAUCGUCUGCUCUCUGUCAUGUACUUGUCCGUUGCUGUAGAAGUCUCGUUUGGGAGAAUCUUUAAGUCCCAACAAACAAAACAUUCCCAUCAUAUUCUUGAUAAGAGAGUUAUCUGCAGUUUCCAUUGGCGAAUCAGCAUUCCUGGCUGUAUCUGUGGUGUCAUUUAGCCAAUCGCUGAUGGGAUCGUGUGUCGAGUUAUAUAAAGAUCGAUCGCAAUCAUUGUUGAAAUGUACUGGCCGUUCUUCAAUGGUUUGUGGUGUUUCACAACUCCUCCCAUAUGAGCUGUUGUUUAGCCGGUUGUUCUUGGGUUCAUUAAUGCGCGAGUCAAGUAAAUAUUGAUCGCAAUCCACAGUAGUUUUGUCAUCUUCUGUCACAGAAAUGCUUGACUGUUGAAUUCCCGAAACUUUAACUGUGGCGAUAGUACUCUCUCCUUUGUAUUCCGUCUUUUGCCAUACUUCAUUUUCAUCACAAGAAGUGGUCUUCAAAACUCGGAACGAAAUUGGUGAUAUAUUACAAGAUUGUGGGAUAAUUGUCGUAGAAAAUCCUUCGCUCUUAACUGUUUUAUCAGAAGUUGGGAUAUCAUCAAUCGCUGGUUGGGGGCCAGUCGUUUCCUCCAUUCGUAGAACCGUUGAAUUUGUCGUUGUGCUUCGACUGCUGUCAUAAUUCCAUUCUAUUUUUGGCGCUUCAGAAGUCAAUAUGUUGUAGUUUGUGUGAAAAAUCUCCAUGUCCGAAGUGGGACAUAGCUUGUUAACAGCUGCAUCUUCUUCUGUUGAAGUGCAUAAGUCUACAUUGUCAUUUUCAGAAUUAAUCACACUUACAGCAGCUUGCUUUUCUUCAUUUCCAUUGGCUGUUUUCUGUCGCGGUAGCGUUGUUGUCUUUGUAGCAUGAUUAGUAUUCACAUCGUCUGUAGUGCAUCUUUCCUCCUCGUGUGAUGUCCUCCAUCUUGAAUCUUUCGUUGUUGUUGCCUCGCUAUAAUUUCUUUGCUCAUCAACUGUUGUAUUUGAGUCGCAGGUUUUGGAACUACCUCGACUAAAAAUCUCAUGUACGCUUUCAUGUGAAAGUUUCUGUGGUUUUUCACUCCUUAGCAAGUCAUCCACGUUCAACCCCGACAUUUCGUCAUUCCGUUUCAUCCCUGCUUCAUAAUCCUUGGUAUCCACCCCUUGUUUCAAAAUCGUUUCCUCGCUCAUGCCUUGUCGUAGCUCAACUACAUCAGCACUUACAAAACGUUCACUUCCAUACGUAUCAACAUUUGAGUUCAUAUCUUGUCUCAACGAACUCAGACUUUCUAAAGACUUCCUAAGAUCAGCUUUACCUGAAUGUAAAAUGGUUUGCCAACCUUUGUCGAAACGUUCACUUUUUUCGUCAUCAUUAUUUUUAGAUCCCGAGCUGAAGACAGGAUCAUUUGCACCUGGAUGUUGCGCAUGCGUCGUAGGUUCUUUCUCAUCAGUCACGAUGUCUAAUUCCUCAAACAUUGCAGAUGUUGAAUUUUUUGCCUCAUUGGAAGAACUUGUACUUUGUUUUGUCGUUUCGAUUUUUAACCUGCUCGUACUUAGCUGGAAACGUGCUUCAUUCCCCGUGUUCGUUGCCCAUUUCGUUUCCAGCUUGAAUUUCGUGUAUUCGUGUUUCGUUUCCGUGACAGACAUGCUUCCAUUUCCGUGUUCGUUAUUUUCCCCGCGUUUCGUGCUGCCUUCAUUUUCGUGUUCGUUUUCAAGAUUCAUUUCUAUAUCCAAUCUCGUAACAAAAUCUUCAUGGGUUUCUUUUUCUGUGACGUCACCGCCGUCGGAAGACUGGUAACUAUCACCAAAUAAAUCGGGAGAACUUUUACUAAAUUUACUCAAGCUAAGAUUCCGCCUUUGUUUCCUCGUGUAUCCAGUAAGAUCCUCAACAGAUCCACUAAUAUCCUUAGAGGAUGCGCCAUAACCCCCGCAAUAGGUAUAUCGGCUAUUCAGUGUAAACAAGUGGCGACUAGGCGCGUGCGCGAUAUACGAUUCGUUAAACGGUAUCUUCGGUUGUGUUUUAUCAGAGGGGACUAGGUCCGAGUCUAGGUCAGUUUGUCGAAGAUCUUCGACGCUGGAGAAAUCGAAAAUUGAUCGUCGGGUUUCGGAUUGCUUCGUGAGUUUGGAAUGUUUAUCAUCCAUAAUGCCGUGCGGUGACCUCAAGGCUCUAUUUUGAAAGGAAAUAGUUUUCAAUAUUUUUGGCUAUAGUCGACUUUAAAUAUUUUUGCUUAAUUUCCAUAAUUAUUAACAAUGUAUAUUACAAAUUAACGAUUUCUUAGGCCACUCCUAAACCAUACAAUUCUUAUUUCAAAUUUUGAUCGUCGACUUAUUUAGCUUAUAUCCCACACAAAUCCGUAAUUCUAGCCACAUUUUGAAUAAAUCGCCAAGUUUUCGAAACUACUUUUGCAAGUUGCAUGAAACAGCUUGAUACUUUUCUAUUUCGGAAUGUGGAAUGUUGUCAUCUAAGUAUUUUAUACUUGAUGUGUUUAUGUUUUCCAGCAUAGAUCAACUUUCUAAUAUUUUUUAACAGCAGUCAUACUAAUUUGAACCUUACUUUUUUUAAUAUUCUUUGAAAUAAAAUGAGCAAUCAAUGUUAUAUAAUACAUAUUUAACAAUUCUGUUGUAAGAAGCUAAAAAAUCGUCUACAGUAUGAGAUGACUUUGCGGUUAAAAUUCCAUCUUUUUGUCGCUUAUCUAAGCUCCACCAUGCGGUUUAUGUUAAGCUACCAACAAAAACUAACAGAUAGUCAUGCUUUGUGUCUUUUCAGUAUUUUCUUGACUCAGUUUCGGAACGAAUUCUCAACUAAACUGUCACUUCCUUGGACAUUUAUAACAAUUUGAAUGAGAAAUAUUAGUAUACCUGUUAUCAAAAUGCUAAUCACAAUCAAUUUUCCUUUAUAUCAUUUACCCAUCCUUUGCAAUCAACAUGUCCACGAAAGCCCACAAAUUAGCCAAAUUUUCUGAUAAAAAUCGCUCGUUAAUGCGUUACACAAACGGCUCUUGUAAUAUUCUCACCACUGUCGUAUUUGUGUCGAUAUUUCGAAUAAAUUUUCCGAUUAAUUAACGCAAAUGAAUGAAAAGACACGGGAGAUUUCAGUAUCCUAGUGAUCCACCUUUAGAAAAUUCAAAUGUUUAAUUGUGACACUUUUAAAAUGCGUAAAACAUUGAUAAAUUGAGCCGCAGCUGUGAGCUUCCUGCGAUAUAUUUUACACGGAUUGCACUGAAACUGGAUUGGAAUAUAGCAUGGUAUUUGUGAACGUUGAAACUUUUCCGACAUUUCGGCUACCUCCCGAAAUAUCUAUGAUGCAAGAUAUAUCUUCAACCAACAAAAUCUGAUUUGCAUACUGAGAACAUACAAAACAAGACAGAGCCACACUCAGAAACAAAACUUCGGUUGAUACGGAGCAACUACCUGAAAAAUACAAGGAGAACUUCGCUUGUGUUUUUCAGGUACUUUUUAUCCCCAUCAGCCGAAGUUUUGUUAGUAUUAGCACAUUGGUACAGACCAUUCACGAUCCUCACUAUAUCGGCUACAAUGACAUGCAGCAUGGAAACCAUAAAUAUCCAGACAUCUCCACCUUCGCCCCCCAUCAUCAACAAUAUAUUGGUCUAUUAUUGGAUGGAAGCAAUUGAAAGGUCAUGUCUAUAAUGGGGUGGAGCUUCUAUAUUACAGUAAGCGUAUAGGUCGUCAACAAACGGUCUCUAGUAUUAUUCUAGUAGAAAUAACUGAAAACAGGUCAGUAUUAAUAAGUUAUGACACUUGAUGCAUUUCAAUAUCAUGCUCAAUAUUGCCAUUCAAAUUUUAAUAUAUUUUCAUUAACUGUAAUUUAGAAUUGAGCACGUUUUGAAAUUGGGAUUAUUGGAACUUUGCUACAAAACUGUAUUUCUCAACGAAAAUGUGAGUAUUGGGUUGUUAUCCGUUGCAUUUUGCUUGACAAAUAUAUUAUUUAUGCAUGUGUAUAGAAUAUAGCGCAAGGAUAAUUUUACUCCGACCGUUGCAAUUCAAAUUGCAACGUUCUAUAUAUGCAUGAAUAUGACUACUGGAAGAUGUUCUAAGGGUAUGUGCAGCAUCCGGUUGAUAUUUUUCAUUCUUGGCGUUGUAUAGCUUGACUCUUUGUCCAAUAUCAAAAAAGAUAAAAAUAGAAGGAUCCAAAAAUAGGUGAAAUUGCAGGAGCGAAUUGAUUAACAACUAGUCUAUAUAGUUUUUCCAACGAUAUAUAUGUCAAAUAUAUUAGACAAACUUUACGAUACAAUAGACGAGUUUGCAUUUUCAGGAAGCAGAUGCUGAUAUCAAACCGGUAGUGGUCAGAAUGAGGAGAUGUUCAUUUUUUUUAUGAUAUAUGUUAGUCCUGUAUUGGAUGGCUUGUGAAUUUUCUUGCUUCGAUCAAUGAUCAUCACCGUUUUCCUGUAUCGUAUAUACUGAGAGCGAGAAAACAGAUAUACAAUACGAAACAUGCUGUAUGAAAUGUGUUUGUUUCUGUUCUUUUGAAAGUCUUUGUUUUACACGAUAUUUUGAGAGACAUAGAAAGGAUGUAACCCCUUUUCAUUUUCAAGUAGCAUGAAGAUAUGAUUAGGCCUAACAACUUCCGAGUUGGCGCGUCACGACAGCGCAGAAUGCGCGACUAAAUGAAUAUUUUUUGCGAAUUUUGUGAUAGAAAUUACUAAUCCCGAACGAUGACAUGUAAUCGUGAUAUUUAAUCGAUUCUUAUCGGAAUACGCCAUCGAUCGUUAUCAAGACAGUAACAAUAUCACGGCGCACCAGUAUUCAAUUUACGUAAAAGUCAACAUUGUCUUUCCGGACAACGAACCGCUCCUCCUCCACUUGGCGAGGCAAGCCAGCGUUUAUUCCACUGCUCGUGUUGAUUGCAUAAACAACCGCUAGAGCAUUGUUAUUACAACCUAUUGCACUCUAAAGUCGAAAAAUAUAUUGAACCAAUCGCAUUGCGUUUGUGGUCGACCGUCAACUGUGCGUCUUAUUAAAUUUCUCAGCGAUAAGUGAUCGUUGGCUUUUAUCGUUUAGUCGUGAUCUUAGAUCAACCUGUUUUAAAAGGUGCUAGAUCUAGCAUUUUGUAGACUUUACAUCGAAGACAUAUUCUUAUAGUUGCUUUCUUUUGAAGAAUGAGGGAUGUGAAUCUGAUUGCGUUGCUGUUGUGUAAUUUAUUCCUGCGAGGUAAGUGUGUGAGACUAAUAUUUAAAGUAAUAUAUUCAUUGCUGUGGGAUGAUUAUUAUGUGUUUGUCAAACUUAUACAAGACUAUCUUUGCCUCGAUCUUUACAUGAUCAGAUGAUUGUGCAACGAACUGGGUCUGGUUGGGGUUAACUAUUCUGUAUCAUCUAAUGUACACAUUGUGAUGUAAUUCCUAUGAUGUCCAAGCUUUGAUAUCCUUAGUUAUGUAUGUGAAAAGUUCCCAAAACGUGUGCGUUCAUUAUGAGGUUAAUUUUUCAUUACCAAAAAUUUCACACUGUGCGUUCAGACUUUAGUCAUUAUUUUUCCAUCUCUACAAUUGCUGAUUUUUUCACAUCAGUUGAAAUUACUUCAAAGCUUUUUAUACAGGGCUGUCUCUUUGCCUGACAUUUGACUUAAUCUCGUUUCCAGUUUAAAAUCACUAGCAAUUUAGUUAUGGCUUAAAAUAUUGAUGUAUUUAGGCAAAGCUUUUUUAGGAUUUCUUCUAAAUUGCUCUAAGAAAACCAUUUUCAAAGGUAUCUCUUCCUGUUAAUAAACUAAAUGUAUAAGUUGGAACGGAUCAAAUUCCAUAAAAUGUUCUGGUUUUCCUUAUAAUAAUUACUAAUUUCGUUCCAAAAUGAAAAUGAUUACUCGAUGAAAUAAGAAGUCCAACAAUGUCAAUGUCUUAAAAAGUAUAUCCGUGAAUGGCUAUUCCGUGCAUCAAUAUAAUUGUUAAGAAUUAUGAAACACUAUAUUUUACUAUCUUUCCUCAAUGGGUGGUCUUUCGACAAACAUUGAUUAACACUCUUCUUCAUCUGCGCGAAGUUCAUUUGGAUUAAUGAAGAACAUUAUUAGAAUAUGAUAUAGCCUUACGGCUUGCCAACUGGCCUCUAUAACUCAGUUGGUCAGAGGAAUGCUCAGGAAUAGCAGGUUCGAUUCCUGGGUCUUAGUAAAUGUAUAAAAUUUAUUCUCGAAAUAUUUAUCUGCAGAAUCCUUCAACAUUUACCAUUGUACCAAAAUGCUCAUUUCGUCAUACAGCACGCACAAUCCUUGUACUUGAACAUGUGGGUAAAUGAGAAAAUUACUAGGUUAUAAUAUUGCUUCCCGCAUAGACCGUACCGUUGUCUAGACCUUGCUAUAUGUUGUGAAAGGCUUUCUGAAAGACAACCUCGCACUACGUCAAGGGAAGUUUAUUCCUUAUGUUUAGGUCGGAAACUAUACUCCAAAAUAGUUCAAACUAAACUAAUAUUGGGAGCUGCCAAUAUAUAAUGAUAUUUAACUUUGAAUAAAAGUUUUGUAGACAGUUAUAAUACUUAGUUUUGUUAAUACUUAGUUAAUAGUUAGUUUUGAACGUUAGUCUCCCACAGGCCACAGUAAAAGACUGUGAGUUUGGGUGGUCUGAAGACUUGCUUUGUACAAAUGAGAUUUUUAUUGCUCAGUACAAGCGACUCACAUGAUGAUUUAAUAUUUGUUUACACUUCAUUAUGAAAGGUGGAGUUUACAACUUGGCGUCAAGGGCUCGUCACAGUGAGACUUCAAAUUCUCAUCGUUUGAUUGUCAUUUGAUAAAUUAUAGCAAGCCCACCUCGAGAGACUAGAGUCAGUUGAUCAGCGUUGUUUCCAAUGCUAUUAUUGGAAAGAUAUUUCCUAUGGCUGUGACUGAAAUACGUAAAAUUAAUAGCUGCUAGCUGGCAGUUUGUAUAUGAAAGAUGUGUUACACCACACGACUUUUGUCUAAAACCGUCGCAACUUGAGUUGUACUGUGUAAAAAUCAUGCACACAACUCACCUAUAUGUUGUCCUAUCGAUCAAUAAAAUGUUUGGUACUAAAGUAAUUAUGUACUCUAUAACUGCAAUUAUAAUAUACACAUAUAAUUAAAGGAAAUUUGCGCUUUCGCGUUUUGCCUUUAGCGCUUUUGCGCACUCCCUACAAUUAACUGAAAUUCAUCUGGAACGCGUUUGCGCGCUGGCUGUGUGAACAGCUGUAAGAAUGCGACACGCCCGCCAAACAAAACCCACGCAAGAAAACAUAACACAAGUUUGAAAAGAAACAUAUGUUUACCAACAUGGCCAAUGAAUGGUUCGAUUCUUGCCAGAGGACCUAUAUAGUUGUAUUUUUUUUCAACUGCGCCUGGUUAGGUAUAAAAAAAUUUCCAUCUAAAAAGUCCUUCAACAAUUUUAGUUAUGAUAUUUGUGGUGUUACUCUGAGUGUAUAUCCACACCGGGCGAGCUUGAAAAAUAUGCCCGGCCACGGUGGGAUUCGAACCUACGACCUUUGGAAUACUAGCCCAAUGCUCGUAUUGCAUAUUACUAGAAUACAUUGGUAUCGAAGGAACUAGAUUCUGUUCCGAAAUAUCACUUACUCGAACCGUCCUGACCGCGUAGCUCAGUUGGAAGAGCAUUGGGCUAGUAUUCCAAAGGUCGUAGGUUCGAAUCCCAUCGUGGCCGGGCAUAUUUUUCAAGCUCGCCCGGUGUGGAUAUACACUCAGAGUAACACCACAAAUAUCAUAUUCACCUGAGUACACUACACCAACACAGAAAAAAAAAAUUUAGUUAUAUCAAGUGGGAUGCCCCAAAAUCUUGAUAUUUGCCCAAUGAAUCAACGCUAUAACCGAUAGCAGACUAUAUAUAUUAAGUUUAAUAUAGUUCAGUUUUUACUACGAAAAAGCAUAAUUAUUUUUCCUAUAAACAACGCCUAAUUAAAUGUAUAACUUAACACAUAAACCACAGACUGGGUGACCCGACAUUACACGCUUCUGUAUAUUUUAAUCUAUUUCCUCAUCAAGAAGUCAAUAUUGAAACAUGAAUAUGGUAAUAUGAAGAUAUUGUCUUGUCUUGAACUAGUAAACAUUAUUCACUAAUAAGUGGAUUGUAUACGAGCUCUUUGUGUUUGUAUAUGAAAAUUUGAGUCACUUACAGUUAUACACUUAAUUUUCACUUCGGAAACUUUUCCAAAUUUUUAUACAACUUUAAAGUUUUGGCAAAGGUGGAUGCCUUUAAGGAAGACAACGUCCGUUUGUGGUUAAAAUACUCAUUAAACUUCUGUCAAACCUUUGAGCAUCUAUUUAAAACAAGACGUCUGUAUAUUAAAAAUGAAUCGAAUAUUAAUAAUGCUUUGAAUCCAUAUAUUAAAAAUUAUAAGCGCAAUCUAUUUCAUAUAGCCUACAAUAUAAUUAUAAUAUAAAAAAACACAUUUAUAGCCAUUCAUAAUUAUACAUGAGAGUAUUUUAAACAAUACUACCGCUUAUAAAAAAUUGGAAAACUUUUCUAUAAAAAAUGAAGAAAUAUAUUUAUUCCCACAUUGGGGUGGUGUGCGUUUAAAAUUGUAUGCGCGUAGUGUUAAUUAAGCUAUUACAGAGUUGUCAUCAAGUUUUCUGAGUUGCGCUUUUAUUAAUUUGCCGCAUCGUGAAUUGGCGUUUUGCCGGUAACCACAGUAUGAGAAACACAGCGAAUUUUGGAUUAUAAACUAUAUAAUGAAUAUACUUAAGUAUUUUUUAAUGAUGAGAACAGCAUUGUUAUUGUCAGUGUCAAUACGCACAAUUCCUGCUGAUAUAUAGCAUAAUAAAUACUUUUCUAAAAAAUCAGCUGUUUGGUAUAUUAAUAAUAACUCCGUGUAUUAAUAUACGCGUGCAGCUCAUAUAAAUAUAUUGUUUGUGUUUAUUGAAAAUUAAUAUUAUGCGACCACCGUGCCAAGCCUCUGGGUUGCACCUUUUAUAGCCACAUAUUUCGCGAACGUAACAGGCACCAAUGCACAAACUUAUAAAGAGUAUAUUUCAAACAAUUGAAAUGCUAUCUUCGGAAGGCUUUUCAUGAAAUCAAAUUUAACGCUUUCAGAAAUGUCUCAACAUUUAAAAUUGCAAUAAUAUGACGAAAUAAAACUGUUAAAGGGGGAAGUUUUGUGGGCAUAUAUUGAUGUCGUAAAAAGCGAGCGGUAUCGUGUCAAUGUGCAUUAUUUACUUAAACCAGAGUAGCAAUAUAAACUUCAAGUCGAAACGUGUCAGUGUAUACAUGAGAACAAUACUCUAAGUGUUUUUGAAGAGGACCCGUCUGUCCUUGACGUAAUGACGAAGUUUUGUAAGCUGCUCAUUGCUAAUUUUAUCUCACUGAUAUUACGAGUCACGAGACGCGGAAUAACAUAUUAGUAUUUGCUUGAGCCUGCAUCGUUUACAGUUGGAAUUUUGCAUAGAUAAAGUUUUGAAGGAUUAGUUGUAAGAAAUGUUUGAGGAAACUGACUUAUAUGACUCAAUAAUUCCUUCUUACCAAUCCUUCGAAACUUAGAAUUUAUCUACGCAAAAUUUCUGCUGUGAUCACAGAAACUUUGAUAGUGUAAACUAGGCUUACGAUACGAGACACAGAAGAACAUAUUAUUUUCUUAGACGAUCGAUCGUGUUUCGGAAACGAAGACCAAUGAACUAUAUAGUUUAUGCAAUCUGUCUUCAAUCUAACGUUUUCGAAACACAGAGAUCAUAUCAACAGUUAAUAGAUAUUUUAAAAUACGCCCUAAAUCCCCCUAGAAAGAGAUGUCUGCCAAGUUAAGCUGUUUAAUUAAACUAUAUAUUAUGCCACGUGCAUUCUUGUCAUAAGUACAUUCUCGUUGCGAAGAUCGUGAUACACAACCCACUGCCUUGAUAUCGGCCCGGAAACAUACUGGCUACAGAUAGUCUGCGAUACUCGGCUGUAGGUAGAAAAAUAGUUGAUAAGGUCUGUAAACCUUUUUGAAUGAGAUAAGAAGCAUUAGGAGUGGUCUAGACGUGAGCGGAGGAGGAUUUUAAUUUAAUCUAAUCAAGUUGUCAACAAUUUCCAUACGAGAGCGAAAGCCUUGAUAAGAUGUUGAAUUAAUUUGAAGAAUUUAUACUUAAUUAAUGCAUGAAUUGAAGGACAUUCUUUUUUAGCCAGAAAUGUCGAGUGUCCAUUGGUUUGCAUUUUCUAACAUUCUUGUACUGUGCUAAAACUCGCAUUAAAAACUAAACUAAACAAACUUUAUUUAAACUGGAUGGCUCUAUAUCAGUUCUAAAUUGUUAUCCCUAGAGAUUCAGUAGGAAAGAUCCCUUAAUUAUUGGUCCAGUCUUCAGGAGGAAACCUAAACUAAACUAACUUUAUAUAAAAAUAUAUGGAAAGCUCUAUCAGUUCUAAAUUGUUCUUUCCUAGACCUAGAGGUCCAGUAAGAACCAUUCCUUCAUGGGCAUCCCUUCAGAUUCAGCAGCAACUAUUUUCAAGAUGCUAAAUUUUUUCUUCUCUUAUUUAAAUUUCAGCCCAACAAGCAAAUUUCUCCAGCAAGCCACCGCGUGGAAUUAUCAAAGCAAGAAUUGGCGAAGAUGUCACCUUUAAUUGGAACUAUACUGUAGAAAGUGGCGAAUCAUUGGUGGUUAUGCAACUAUUCUACAGCAAAACAGACCAGUUUGAAAGUUCUGCCAAGACUAAGAGAAUUGCUGAUAUAUCAAUUAACAAAGUGUCUAUUAUUCCCGCUUUCCAAGGAAGAGUUAGUGUUGCACUCACUGGAAAACUAACGUUACAUAAUGUCAGCGUUGACCAACGAGGAUUUUAUAAAUGUUCUGUAUCACUAGCAGGCCAAAGUUAUACUCCUUCUGAUAAAGCACAGUUAUUUGUUGGACGUAAGUGUAGUUAUUGUGUAGUAUUUCAACAAAUAUUGCUAUGGUCAGACGUGUCCAGUUAACCCAUUACGUCCAAAUGCACCCUACUUUGUUAUCUGUCUAACGCCAGACAAUUUUACUCGUCAAGGUGGAGCGCUGGUUCUCAAUGUGUUAAAGUUGUAGAUGUACCUACAAUGUGGCCUACAAUCUUGGCAAAAAGUUAAUGAAAAACCAUUAAAAAAAUCUAUAAAAUAGACAAAAUCCCCUCCCCCGAGAACAAUGUUGGUCGUAGAGUCUAAAAAAUUGUGUUCAAUAGUUCAUCGAUGACAGAGAGCACUAUGUGUAGGUUUUUUACUCAUCUUAAUCAACAUUGAAAGGGGGGAAGAAUAGAUUAAAUUUUUAAUCAUACUGGAUGUUUCAUUAUAGUUUUUGCCAGGAUUGUAGCCUCACAUUCAACUUUUAUUUCAUCACUUUCCAGUUCCUCCCGUGAUCUAUUCGUCCCCAGCAUCUCAUAUCACAUUACUUGAAGAUGAUCACGUGGACAUUUCAUGCAAAGCGAGUGGUAGCCCAGACCCCAGUGUAUCAUGGUACAGACAGUCACCGCACGGUUGGAAGAAACUGAGUGAACACAGAUUACAAAUUAAAAAUGUGAAAGUGUCGGACUCGGGAAUGUAUAAAUGCAGUGCUAGGAAUUUUAUGGGAAGUGAAGAGAAAACAGUGACAUUAGCAGUGUAUGGUACGUAUUUUAUUCACCAUAAUACACACUACGAAAUGGCAUCACCUUGCUAUAUCAGUCAGUCAAAUCUUUAUUUAAGCACGGUAGCUUCGUCACGUUACCAAAAAUAGUCAUCUGCAUUAAUAAGUUUAAAAAUUGUACAAGCCUAUAUGGUACAUCAAUAAUUAUACCUGUUUUCCAUGAAUGCCUUGUCUAUCGAAUAUGUUUCAACAAUUGUCGAAAUUCAGUAAGAGAUUCGGCUUGUCUUAUAUUGCUAGGUAAGCUGUUCCAUAACACCGUUAUAACUACAGCAUAUCCGAACUUGUGAUUAGAGCUCCAUACUGGACUCUGUAGCUCAGUUGGUUAAAGCACUGCACCGGAAUCGCAGGGCCGUGGGUUCAAUUUCUGCCAAAGGUCUAGACUUGUACAUAAUCUUCUGCUUGAAACAAAAACCCCAUUUGUGCAGUCUAGAAUAACUCCUGAUAUCUUAUUUCUUCCAUCCAGAGAGGCCAACAGUGACGUCAUUCUUUCACACGGCUGCACUGGAUAACACUGUGUACGAAUGUGACGCGAUAAUUUUCACGUGCGAGGCUCGUGCAAACAGUCUUCCUGUUAAAAACAUUUAUAUCUACCAUGAAGGCAGGCUGGUCCACCGUAGCAUAAAUACUGACAGAGUAACUUUGUCUGGUGGCAGUAAGACAUCGCUGGCUGGCGGAAGGAGGACGGGACGAUUGAGGAUAGCAGAGGUUAAGAAGGAACACAACGGGAGAUACUAUUGCGUUGCUGAAAAUGAGCAUGGAUUCGGAUAUAAUAAAACAAUUGAUUUGAAAGUAAUUGGUAAGUACAACCCCCCCCCCCCCGGAUCAAGUGACUUGUGCAUGCAACGUAUCACGAAGCUUUACAUUUGAGGCAUUGCUUUAGAUUUGUAGUAUCUAGUGAAAAACAGUAUGAAAUAUAAAAACAUAAUCAAAAUUGGCCUUAAAUUUCAUGUAAUAUAUAGCUUAAUUUUUACAUUGGCACUAUCCACACUGGCAAAGACAGUGCAAGCUUAAUUUUUAGCCUACCAAAUACCAUUUGAUGGUUACAAAAUUAUUUUUACAGCUCAAUUAACAACACAGUUAUUCAGCCAUCAGUCAAAGGCUUUGAAGGCUUUCAGAAAUUAUUGGAGUGCAGUUGCCUCCUCUCUGACAUAGUCGUUUUCAAUUCUGCUGACAUAUCGUUUUCAUAUUUUUCAGACGCUCCGAAAAACUGUGAAAGAAAGAGGAGUUUACAGAAAACCAGUACCACGAAACGCCAAAAUGAUACAUCUGCCUCACCAACUGGUAAGCAUUUUUGCGCAUUAAAACAGUAGCGAGCUGUUUUCGUUGUGAUUAUCUGGACUAUAUAUCAAGAAAUGUUUCCAAAGUUAUUUUUACUUUUCCAUGGAGUGUUUCCACAAACCAAACCUAUAUAAAUGUAUUUCAAUAGUAUUUAUUGUAAAUCAUUCCAUUAAGUUUUAAAUCAUUUAUAGUUUCAGAUCAGAGGGUUGGUUCAGAUCGUUCAUUACCAACAACAAAGAACGAUACAGUUCCGGGAUUCCAUUCUAGUUCACCAAAUGCAAGACCUAGCUUGCUUUUAUUCACAUUGUGGAUAUGCCAUUUAAUGUUCUGCAAUGUGUUCUCCUGAAGCCCAACUUAGUGAAGUCGGAACUGUGGUACAACUUUGUUCAAUUUUUAACCCGGAAACCUUUUGGAAAGAUCCAAUGGAAAUCGCUGAUAACCAAUUCACCAUCGUGUUCUUUUUACUUUAUCGCCACAGUCUUGAAAAUACCUUGGAAAAAUCCCCUUUGCCCCUUUGGAUUUGUAAGAAACGUCACAUGAAAAAAUGGAUCUAGACUCUAGAUUUUUGCAAGGUCGACUAGAGUUACCGAAUCGAUGGGACGACAGCGGAGAACGAUGGGACGACAGCGGAGAACCCAAGGUUUUCCUACCCUAGCGUCAAGGCAGGCGCUUGCUGGUUGGGUUGGGGAUGGGGUGAAGUUAUAUUGAAUUAAAAUAGAAUAUAUUUUAAUAAUUCUCUCUUGGCUGAUUACUUGCCAUAGAGAGUUGACUGAGACCCAGAUGAAAAAACAGUAUAAAUAGUAAAUAGUUUAAUGUAAUGAUACAGUCACCUUAUAUUGUAAAUAGUAUAAAAAAUAAAUAAAGAUUAUGAUAGAA